AUGUCUGAAAACCAAGUCCCCAAGGGAGCGUUUGGCAGAGCCACAGGAGCCCGCCUCUUCGUCCAAGACCACUUCCCCGGCGCCGACGGCUUCAUGAGUGGACAUUUCACAGACCAUGACUUUUACCGAGUGUUCAGAGAAUACAAGCCCAACCAGUUCCACGUGGUCGAAGUAAUGAUCACUUCAGGCAGACAGGUCGUCUGGGUCUGGUUCUGUGACGGGAGCCGCUGCGACGAUCAGCGGAGAAAGGAGCUAGCAACCGUACAGGCGGACGAGGCAACCCGUGAGAUCUACGACCAAUGGAAGGAAUUGUGGUGGGCGUUGAGCUUCGGGAACGAUACGGAAUGCGUUAUGAAAGCGAAGAAUUUACACCCUGAAGUUCGAAUUGAGAAGCUGGAGUCGAACAUAAUCCGUGGUAAUACAGAGUUCCUGAGGGUGUGGCAGCUUGAGUUCUAG